UAAUUUCAAUUUCUCGUAUCACAUUGGCAUGACACUCCACUCCGUCGUACGGGAGAGCCGCCGUCAACAGGAAGCGGGGUUGGGGCACGGACGAAAAGGACGUACGCUACUCUUCGAGGCACGAUAGACGGGAAGGUUAAAUAAUAGGAUACUCUGCGUUCGCAUUGCACGGCUUGGUAGGUGGAAAAUUUUCUUCACGAUUUGAAGGAAAACUCGACCUGCUGGAAAAAAAUUGAAACAAAUAGCGAACAGCAGUACAGUAAUUGGUUCGAGUAGUGUUUUGUGAUAGAAUUGGUUGGUUUCGAACAUGGAUAAAAAACGAAAUAUGGAAACCACGAGAAAACUUUGUGAAGAGUGAAAAUUUCUGGAAAAUCAGCUCAUCAUUUUUCGGGUGCGAGUGAAGGAGGAAAAGCUAUUCUACGAUAGCUGAAGGAACAAGAGGAGGAAAUUUUCGUAGUAGGAUAUGUAUGAGUUGUGCAGUGUGUCUCUGGCGAAUGAGUAGAUGCAGUUUUGGCCUUGAAGCGGGAUCUAUUCCAGAGUUUUUGGAUAAUCGAAUGUUAAUUCGUGAGAAAAUUGAAAAAAGCUCCAGUAUUCUGGAGGAAUUCGUGUUGCGAAUACAGCGUACAGGAUAUUUUCCGACCACGAUUUAACUAUACUUGAAUCGUCGGGAGAAUUGUUAACUCAAAGAAGUUCGUCGAUGCAGUGCUUUUGGUGCUUGGUUUGAUUUGGAAUUUCAGCUCCGUCCUCAUUAGUUAAAACCAGUGGUCCAACAUUUUCGAGGCUGAAAUAUCGUUUGAUGAGUGUUUUCGAAAGGCACAAACUUUAUUGGUGUGCCCCCAUUCAUUGAGGUGAAAAUAUUGAAAAUAAAAUAAUCGAAAAAGUGAAAUCAACAGUGACGGCGGACAAAUGGAUUAACCAAGGGAAGAGUUCAGUAUAAUAGAAUUAAAAUCGAACCACAAGACGAGAAAUCUCUAUUAAAAUCUUAAGCUUUUUUAUCUCACCAUGAAAAGGGUAGUAAAUCUGACAGUGUGUGCAAUUUUGGUGUAAAAUUUUCGGCACGACACGCGCGUCUAUGGGCGCUUUUGUGUGUGUAAACUACUGCUUUCCCAUUUGUGUUGGUGUUAGUGUAUACAGCAAAUCUUUUCCUACGACCCGCACUCCCUUUCGGGUCCUUCGUGCAACACCCAAACCAUUGGAUACCACCCCCCGCUGAGUGAAGCGGCGUUUUUCAGCAGUUGCAGCAGUGCUCGUACGCGCCUAUCAAGGGAGGUGAAAAAUGUCAGUGUGAUUCGUUUCCGCUAUUCUGAUGGUGUAAUUUAUAUUUAAAUUGAAUAUUUUAUUGAUAUGCAACCGAAAAAAAGAAGCGGGAAAUCAAUGACCCAUGUGCAGUGAUUUCCGAACCUCUCAGCGUCCAUAAGCACCCAAUGAUGUAUUUAGUUCAGUUUUCUUUGCACUGAGUGGAUUUCGGAAAACUGUGACGAAAAAUCGUGGAAUAUACACCCAUAAAAUGAAAUGACAAAUAAAUCAUAAAAUCUGAUACUGGUAGAAAAAAACAUCAUCAUUGCAGCAAACAAAAUAUCUAUCGUGGCAGAAGUAAAACUUAAACAAUAAGAUCGAAAUGAUGGAUCUGUCGAGAAAAUGUCGUACAAGGCGGCGUUUAUUGACAGGGAUAAUGGCGUUUGUCUUUCUGGUAGUGAUUCAGUCAGUGGCAGGAGAUCCGGACGAAGAUAUCCCUCAUAACGAAGUCCGGAACUGGGCUAUUCGGUUUGGAGUGGAUCUCUGGGAAUUCGGUCGUCAAUUCACCAAAGUCAACGACAUUAGAAGUAAAUACAAAGAUUACGAUGUGGACGUAAACCGGAAGGAUGGCAUCCUGCUAUUGCGCGAGCUGGCAGCCGAAGUGAAAAAUUUUAUGGAUUUUAAAAUGAAUGCCGUCAUGCGCAUAAUGGAUUCGGCAGAGCAGGCUGCUCUUUCGGAGUCAGAUCCGGAGUCUGGUGCCAGCAAGGGUCACGCGGGAGCUUUUUACGAUGCGAGACGAAUUAACGAGUAUCAAUCGGAUGGACGAUUGGCGGACGGGUCACGACAGAUGCUGUUGAGACACAUGCGAAGGUUCGAAGGCUACCCGGUUAAUAUCAGUCUCAGCUCGGUGCUCGUGCCUGGCGGGGUGAAUAUUGAUGAUUCGGAAACGCAAGCCGCUAUCAAGUGGUCUUCGCAUUUAGAUCCCCUUUUUGCGAACAAUAUUGAGCGCGAUUCGGCCCUGUCUUGGCAGUAUUUUGGAUCCAGUACCGGGUUUCUCCGCAGGUUCCCUGGUACGGCUUGGCCUCCGGAAACAUCGUACGGUAGUAAAGAGAUCAGUGACUUUCGAACCGAGGACUGGUUCAUACAAGCCGCUUCCUCACCGAAAGACGUGAUUAUUCUGUUGGAUUCUUCGGGGUCGAUGACUGGCAAGGAAUACCAGUUGGCAAUGGCCACGGCAUCUGCUAUAAUGGAUACUUUGGGAGACGAUGAUUUUUUCAAUUUGGUUUCGUUUUCUGACCAAGCAAGAGUGAUUGUACCUUGUUUCCAAGACAAGAUGGUUCGAGCCACUCCGGACAAUUUGAAGGAAGUAAAAACGGCUAUUCAAACGGUGGAAUGCGAAAAUACAGCAAACUUUUCAGCAGCAUUGGAGACUGCAUUUGAAUUACUUCGAAGGUACAAUCAAAGUUCUCAAGGUAGCCAGUGUAAUCAAGCUAUCAUGCUGAUCACGGACGGUCCAAGUGAUACAUUCUCGGAUAUUAUCAAACACUACAAUCAUCCUCACAUGCCGGUUCGAAUCUUUACUUAUUUAAUUGGAAAGGACAAAAGCAGUGGACAGAACAUGUAUCAGAUGGCCUGUGAAAAUAAGGGAUUCUACGUGCAGAUCAACAGCAUCGAGGAGGCAAAGAUGAAGGUAGUUGAAUACGCACUCGUGAUGGCUCGUCCCAUGGUUCUGUACCAAGCCGAUCAUCCGGUUCACUGGAGCCCGGUGUUCACCGGAGGUCGUAGCGGGAUACUUGGCCGUGAAAGUGAGAACCGACGAAAACUGGUUACUACAGUUUCCACUCCGGUGUUCGACCGACGGAAUCACACUGCUAGGGCAGCUAAUUUAUUGGGAGUAGUUGGUACCGAUGUUCCUAUCGAAGAAAUUCAAAAGAUGAUUCCUCAACACAAGCUAGGCGUCAACGGGUAUUCAUUUGUGGUGGAUAAUAACGGUCGAGUUCUGUAUCAUCCGGAUCUGCGGCCACUCAGUGAUAACGGACAGUACAGUGCUAGUUUGAAACACAAAUAUAACUCGGUAGAUUUGACCGAAGUUGAAUUACCGGAAGUGGACAACCCUAGCAAUGGAAUUACCGAUCGUCACGAGCACAGAUAUACCAAUUUACUCCAGGAGCUUCGAAAUGAAAUGGUUCUACAAAAAGAAGGAGAAAAUGAGUUGACUGUGCUAACGCACAUGGAUGGCAUGAAGCGUGUUGCCAUGAGACCCCAAAAAUAUUUUUACGGACCUAUUGAGGGAACUCCAUUUUCUUUGGGAAUCGCUUUGCCUGAUAACUAUGGCAUUCACGAACUCAAUGCCCAACAGGAGAUUCGGCAUUCCCAUACCAACGUUACCGAACACUUACAAGGUAACAGUUGGAAAGUCCAUCCUGACUGGGUGUACUGUGAGUACAACAGCCUAAAGGAUGUGGAAAGCAAUGGCGAGAGUACGAUGGAAUCCACCUACCGCGAUAAGGACGAAAAUUUCGAUACUCCCGAGGAGCAAGUACUCCACUUUCUGGCUCGCGUCGGCAGGCCUGGCUGGAAGUGGAUGUCGGUACGUCCGCGGUCUCCUCAGCCGCAUCACGGUCACGGUGGUAUUCCGGUAGGGCAUUACGCUCAGCAUCAUUUCAAUUCGCAGGGUUCGCGUAAAGCGGAACCGUAUUACUGCGAUCGUACUCUCGUUCAGAGCUUGGUGCGUGACGCUAUCGUGACGGAUGGGUUGGAUCGUGCGCCAACUCAUCCGGCUAGAAAGGAAGACAGGAGUCCAAUUGCCACACUGAUGGCAUUAUUGCACAGACAAGGAUUCUCAAUGUUCGAGGUAAAAACGACAUUUGUAGCCACUCGCUCUGGACUGCUUCGGUGGGUCGACCAUAUGCCACAUCCGGAGAACACUAAUGAACCUCAUUUCAGUGAAUCGAACUCCCGGUCUAUGGAUAUGAGUUGGUAUAAAAGAGCUGUUGAUCAUCACUCAAUUGAACCCGACGGUUUUGUGUUCAGCGUUCCAUUUGAUUCUGGUUACACUGGUAAGAACAGUACGACUCUGGUGACGGCUACACAUGCAUUGUUUAUAGAUCAUCGUGGUCAUAAAGCUCCGGCUGCGGUCGUUGGAUUGCAGUUCCAACAUGAAUCGUUGGCAAAACAUUUCAUUAACAUCACUUCAGCCUGCACUGGAUCUACGUCUUGCAAGAAAACCUGUGCGUCGGAUGAGCUAGACUGUUAUCUGCUGGAUGACAAUGGUUUUGUUAUCCUGUCUGAACGCAACGAACACACCGGCAAGUUCUUUGGCCAGAUCGACGGUACCAUAAUGGAUUCCCUGGUUCAGGAUCGUAUCUAUAGAAGAGUUGCCCUGAUGGAUUAUCAGGGGAUUUGUUCGGAUCGGGAUAACCCGUACACUGCUGCAGGAGAAAUAGCCAAACCGGUCCGACCUAUGUCGUGGUUGUUAAAAUAUAUUGUUACAUUCGCCACAUACUGGUUAUCAGUUUUACCGACUCCAGUGUCGUCGUGGCAACAGAGUAACUCGUACUAUGACUCUGACAAUGACUUCGAAGAGGAUGCUUACGAAUACGAAAGUAAUUACGAGAUGCCACCAGAGCAUACAGGGCACGAUAUCACGACACCAGAUUACGAACAACAUUCGACCCCGACCCCACACCGAUCGCUAACAACAUCUGGACCACGCGUGAUUCCCGAUCCGGCCCAUGCCCGGCCUUGUGACCUGAAGACCGAUCUUUACAUAUUGCAACCGGAUCGAUUGAAUUCCAGUGGCCAGAACAAUCCUUUGAAGGGUAAAUUGACCAACUGUCAUUCUUCUGGAUGUGAGCGACCCUUCAGCGUGCAGAAAAUUCCGCAUAGCAAUUUAAUUCUGCUGGUGGUGGAUGUGCUGUGUCCUUGUGGAUCGAAACAACUAGACAUCGAGCCACAGGAGGUAACCGGUGGUGCAGGAGCUUGCGGCGUACGCCGAAUGGCAAAAGAAAAGAUGCUGAGAAAGCGACCUAGCCGCUGUAUCAGCUAUCAUCCGGAGGAAAUCGAAAUCAAGCAGUGCGGUAAAGCAACGGCUUUGUUCCGGGCGUCCGUAUACUCAACGAUAGCGAGCUUCGUACUGAUAUGGCUCUUAACCUGUGCGUGAUAAAUCUUGAUCGGAACCAGCUGUUAACUCUUCAACAGAAUACUACUGAAAUGACUAUACCAUAAGUUAUAUCAGCACCAGGAGCGUACGAAGAAGCUGUAGAGGAUGUACAACUGCGGGAUGAUUUUUUUACACGAACACUAUUACCUAGGGAGACAUUAGAAUGGUGAAUGAUAUGUGAUUCUUUCCUGUUUUGAGAUAAGGUUUGAGGCAAAAAGAAAAAAAACAAAUGCCGGAAAAUAAGAGUAAUUGGGCUACUAUGCGUCAUAAGGUGAGAUGUUAUAGAUGUAUACAUAUUAAGUAUUAGUAAGAAGAACUCAUGAACUCGAACGAAACGCGAUGAAAUCGACAAUGCCAACACUACAUAGAAAAACCCACUACUAACAGGAUCGGUGCCAUCAGCAAAUACUGCGCUAUCGAAGCAGUUGGGCAAAAAUGUCACGAAAGGAAAGCGAAUAGCGCGUUCUGCAAUGCGGAACCAACAAAAUUCAAUGGACAAUACGAUGCUUAAACAAAACUUUUACCAAAACACUGAAUCAUGUUUAAAAUUUAGUCAAACCGAGCAAGAAACUGUCAACUGUCUGUGGUACAUUUUUCCGAUUUAUUGAUCACAUUUUAGGGGAAGAAGAAAUGCUAAGUUCUAUUCGCAACAACCACUGGAAAUAAAUCAUAAAUCUUAAUCUUGUCGUGACAUAGCUAAUAAUAUCUCUUACAAUAAUGUGACACGAAAAUAUGAUGACACACUUUUUCAGUUGUAUUAUAUUUGUAAAAUAAUAUAUAUACAUAGAAAGAGCGCAGAAUUUUAGAACUAAAUAGAUAUUUCAAAAAUCAAAAAUGAAAUUUAAAAAAAAACCUAGCAGAAAGAAGACAAAUUUGAUAGUGUAAUUUCGUUAGUAGUUGAAAAAUUAAACAAUAACAAAUUCUAGUCAAAAUAAGUUGAUUUUCUGUUGAACGAUAGUACCUUGACCGAUGAAUGGGCCCCUGGCCCUUCAUGUUUAUUAAUCUUUAUCUAAUGAAUAUUCAGACGUAUGAAUUUUCGGUUUCCGUUAGACCAUACACCUAUUGGGAAAACCUGAAAUUUGGAAAUAAGCGAGCUUAAUUUAGGAGGAAUUCUUCGUUUUUUCAUUUCAAUGGAUUGAAACAAAAGGCAGGAAAAAGAAAAUCAAUGACAUCAAAAGGUAAUCUAAAGUUUGUGCUCUUCCUUACUAUGAAAGCAGUGUUCAAAAAGCUGUGAAAUUUGGGUAUGGUUAACUAGAAUCAAGGUUAAUGGAUUGGCGAUGGUGUGACUGCCCUGCCGCAAUUUCCCCACGGGAUCUGCGGAUGGGCAACUCUUCAUCAAACGAAUACACACACACACACACACACACCAAACCGUACAUAAGGCUGAUUGCUAUUGCUUUUCGUCUACAUUACAGGAUCGAGUGGGUUCGAUCUUCGACUUGUAAUUAGUUGUACAUAUAUCUAGGGCCCGAUAAGGGGCCAUUCUGUUUUGAAUUGUUCCCUAGUAGUGCAAAUAUUUAGUAGGAAGCUUUAAGUUUAUGCCAGUAAGAGCAAAUGUUUCCGUUGAAGGUUUAGAUAUCUGAUCAGUUGCAUUAAGUGAAUGUUUUGGUGCUGUGGAAGCACAUGUAGUGGCUGUUGAUGUGUGCGAUUGUUUGGGGCAAUAUGAUAUUGAACACUUGAAGAUAUUAUGUUAAUGAUGAUGAACAUUAUUGUUUUUUAAUAAUAGUUGUUUAAAUAAGUUCGGGCCGUUUUCCAACAUAUGGUGUAACUUGAUUUUUUUUCCAUAUUUUUCAAAUAUGAUUUACAAAGCUACUGUCAUAUAUUCAUUUAACUGAAGCGUAAACAACAAUACUCAGCCGCUGAAACUCAACGCAUUUUGGUGGAAGUAUAUGGUGAGGAUGCGCUAGCUGAAUGAACGUAUCAAAAGUGGUUUGCACGAUUUAAAAGUCAUAAUUUUGAUUUGUAAGACGACGCACCAGCUGGAGCGCCAUUAAAGUUUGAAGAUAAAGAAUUGGAGGAAUUGCUCGAUAAAGACCAAAAAGAACGCAAAAAGAACUUGCAAAAUCAUUCGGAGUUAUUUAGCCAACGUUUCUAUACAACGUUAAUGAUCUAAAAGGUAGUCAAUUGAGUGCCGUAUGAAUUUAAGGGACGUCAAGCGCCAGUGCUUCACGUACAAAUAAUUGCUCCAACGACAUAAAAGAACACAUUGAUCCUUCCGAUUACUAUUUGUUCCGGUCGAUGCAGCAUGGUUUAGCCGACCAGCUCUUCUCCAAUUAUGAUGGAGAAUGAAUUGUAACCCAAUUGACAUUUUCAGAUAAUUUCACAGGUGAAGAAUUCAAGAGUCAGUAACUCAGUACAUUUUUUUCUCAAUUCAGGUGGAUUUAACAGUACCAAUCUUGAGAGCGGACUAAUAAGCGAGAUCCGAGCUUCAUGUGAUGUUUUUAUUGAUACGGAAAGAGAAACAGAAAAGACAGAUAAAAGAAAGGGAAAUGAGUUACGAAUGCAUACAAAAGAGGUCACAAAAUUGCAACCCAUUUCCAAAGUGCUUAAGUUCUCUGUCAUUGAGUCACCCUGAUAGCAGACCCUGUCAGCUUGGAGCGAAAUCAAUCUUCAGUUCAGCAACGCCAUCGCACGGCAUCACAUUCAUCUUAUCAUGUCAGUUGUAUGGGUACGCAGUGCUGCUAUUUUGGCGCGCACGAAGUUGGCAUUUCUCUCCUCUACUUCUAUAUAGGAGAUUCGAUGCGGACUCACCUGAGGGCGCCCUGCUCACAAAAAAAGAUGUUGCCAAAUAUUUGUUCGGAAAAGGCGAGAGCUGGAUAUCUUGUUAAUAUGAUGUCUUUGCUGAUAGGUAACUCGUGGGGAACUGAACUAUCACAAUUCCAUCUGCCAUUUGCUGAUAAUUUUUACUCGAAUAUCGACAUGUUUAACACGAAAUGAAAGUAUGUUUCUAGCUGGAAAUCAAAUAAAAAUAAAUAUAACGUUUUAAAUUCAAAUAAAAUAGUGCGUUAGGUUCGAAAUAUUCUCAAAAAGAUUUAAUGCGCCAUCUGUUGACAAUACUUUAAACUUGCCUAGGAAAGUUGGCAACAAUAUAACCUCAAUUUUACGACGGCAAUGAAAAUUUUUUGGCUCAAGAUUUUUUAUCAUUAAAUUGACAGAAUGUAAGUUUUUUUUAGUUUUAGUUUUUCAGAAAAUAAUGAAAUUGACUAUCAGAAAAUAUGAAAAUAUAGAUUUCAUUAAGAUCCGAGUGUUGCAAAAAAUGUUUGAUCAAUAAAGAUCUUAGAAUGCACAAUCGGGUGCGUUGGGCCUCAGAUCAAUAAGCAGCCUUGGGCCAGGCCACUGCGCAUGAACAGAUGAUCAAUUAUGAUAGUUGUGACCCCAGGCACACAACCUGGGCCAUAUGUCAACAAAUUUUCAAGUUCAAUUUUUAUGUAUAAAUUACAAAAGAACCUUUGAAAAAAAAAUCACAAUGAAGGUAAGGUUGCAUACUAAAAUACCAGUCUGUGGAAUUUUGGAAUACCUUUCAAUUGCAGUUUAAAAAAUGUCAAGUGAAAAAUGGCCCAAGGCUGCCGACUGUCCCCUUCUUGGUAUAUCAUCGAUCCAUCAUUCUCCAUUGAUCGUCGAGUAGAGACAUAGGAGAAACAUGAGAGUUAUCUCAGUGUCACUUUCAAGAUACUUUUAUUUCAGCACUUCCGAUUUUUUUCUGCAGAGUCCUACUAGUAGAUCGAUUAUAUUUCGACUAAGAAUUUACCCCCUGUUUGCUUGGAGCGGAAUCAAUUUUCUGUUGAGCAACGCCAUCGCACGGCAUCACAUUCAACAUAUCAUGUCAAUUGUAUGGGUGCGCAGUGCUGCUAUUUUGGCGCGCACGAAUUUGACAUUUCUCUCCACUACUUCUAUGUACGAGAUUAUAUGCGGGCUCGCUUGAGGGCGCCAUGCUCGCAAAAAAGGUUGUUGCCAAUGAUUUGAUCGGGAAAUGUGAGAGCUGGAUAUAUUUGUAGCAUGAUGUCUUUGGAUUAACCCAACAAUAUAAAUCAUAGUUUCAUUUUGCAUCACUUUGUUUAAAUUUUAAACCGAUCGAAAAGUUGUUCGACCGACAUUCUCCUCAAGUAUUCAACCCAAACAAUCCCACAUCGACUGCCUGUAAAUGUAUAAAGUUAGUAUUAUAUGCAGCGUAAAGGCGAAGGAAACGGAACAGGUAUGAUUUUUAAAUAAGCAAACAAACAAUCCAGCAAAGAAAACGAAAAAGAAUAGCGCACCCAAUUGAAAAUUGAUUCCCUCGAGUCAAGGAACUAACCGGAAGGGAACGUUUAUUUAAAGCAAAUCAACUCAAACGAACGAAUCUAUCAGACAGGUCAAGUAACAAAGGUACAUAAUUAAAGAGAACGCGGAUACAAAAUAUGAUCAGCAAUAACAUGGAAAUCUUAAGAUUGUGGAACUAAAGUAACUAAACAAACAUAACGAGUAUGUAAACUGUACUAGACGAAAGAAUAAAUCUACUCCACAGUAUUGGCUCUAAUUGAAAUUGGGAAAAACCAAAUGUUCGGGUUGAACUGUUACGUUUAGUUAUUAGGUUGGAAUGGUUGUGUGAGUUCUUCUGUAGAGUGGCUUUGCGAUUCUAUGAACUUCUUGGUGCAUGACUCACUUGAAAACAGUGCUAAAAACCAUCGUUUAAAAAUAAACUGUUUUGCUUUUCUAUUAUUAUCGAUUGCAUAUAACUCGUUGUAACUUUGAACUCACUUAAUUUUAAAUUUUGUCUGUCAUUAUAAUUGUAACUGUGCAUAUUCAUGACAAAAAAUACGAGAUAAAAAUUUUAUAUAACGUCUUCCAUAUAGUAUUAAUGAAAUGAGAAUUAUUGAAUAGUUUUGAUUAAGUACGAAUGCGAAUGGUAGGGAAUGGAGCUAAAUGAAAAAAAACCUGCAAGAGGUGUUUGUUUAUUUAAAAAUGAAUAUAUAGAAUCUAUGAACUCUAUAGUUAGAUCGUAAGGCGAAAAAGAAGAAAUAUUUUAAAGUUGACUCUAAGCCAAGACCUGAAAUCUCCAGCGAGACAGUUAGAGUGCGAACGUUUAGUCAGGAAAGUCCUCUCAAUCUGACCGCAGUAACUUUCUCAUCGUGUGAAAACAACACUAGUUCAUUUUAGUGUCAAUAUAGCUACAGUACACGGUAAUGUCCGGAAAAAGAAAACAAAAAAUCUGUUUUGGAUCAAACUUUUAUUCCAAAUCAAGCAACACUUAAACAGUCGUGGGAAACUUCUCAGCUAUGGAAAGUCCUAUUAAUAUGUUAUAUAUCUUUAAAAUAUUAUAUCAAAAACAAAAAAAAAACCCUUAGAUAGUUCGAUAUCAUAAUUGCAUUUAUCAAAUGAAGCGAAAAUUAUACAGAAAACGAAAAUCACACCAAUCAGAUGACGUUGCUGGCGGAAACGUUCAGUGUGAAUAUCAAAUCGGAAACUUUAAAAACAAACGAAAAACAAGCUAUCACUUCACAACACAUUUUGGAUAGUCGUAAGAAAGCGUGAAGCUUUCAAAUAAAACGAAGAACACCUCCCACUAAUCCCAUUAUCGAUGUAUAGCUGGUAUAAUUUAUUCGCAUUGAAUAUAUGUUCGAGAAGAAACUAACAUUUUGGUUGAAAUCUUGCAGUUUCCUAAAGAAACUUGGGGAAUGUGAGAAUAAUGUGUUCUCUAACAUAAAUCUUUAGACAGCUGCAGAAUGCAAUUCGAAGCACAGUAGGUCUUGUCAAAAUAAUUUGCAAUCUUGAUUUUUUUUCACACGUGUUACGCGGAAUUGGUGACUUAUUGAAGUAUGCGUUGAACUUUUCCCGUUGAUGAAGUUUUGAAGUUGUACUUUUAAACACAACUGUUCAUUUGGAAGAAAUAUUUGCCGACAAUGUCACUUCAAACGAGCAGACGACAUGUAAAAUUUAAUAUGAGAAGUGACAAUAUAUCGAAUGACAUUUAUGAAUUGUUGCCAAUAUAACGGAUGAUAUGUCGUUACUCUCUUCAAAUCCACUCUGUGGUUUACAAUUUACAAUUUUGUGUUGUAAAAGUGUGUCGAAAAUAGUAUUUUCAUUUCUACGGACAUAAUGUUAUUUUCCAAUGAAUCCUUCUCACUAAACGAAUUGUAAUUAUUUUGAAACGACACACCUUUGCUUCAAGUUAUAUGCUAUAAGAGAUUAUUUUUGGCUAUUGGAUUGUGUCUGAUUGGUACUACGGAAGUAUCGGUUAAAUGAACAUGAAUAAAAAUGUUACUAUAGUUUGUCACCUUAUCCGUUUUCCCAAGUUUAAAUGUUAUGUUUCCAACAUCGAACGCACAAUUAGUGAACAUAAAGAUCCAGAUAUGCACCUAAAUAUAUACCAUUCGUAUACUCCAUUCCGUUAUCCAAUCAUUGAACGACAAAUUACCCACCAAAGUCGAAACAACUCAAAAACCAUCAGUGACAAAAACAAAGAAGCUAUGCUCCAAAGAAGAUGCCACCAAAUUUAAACCAUAUCAGAAAUUAAGAAACGUUGCAGUGUGCGUGUGGGUUCGGAAAAAAAAUUUCAAACUAUAUCAUUGCUUCGUUCAUUCCACGGCUAUUCUCAUCGAUUUGUAAAACACGACAAGCUAAAUCAAGAUCACACAGACAAACAACUAUUCCCGAUUUUCGCGGAUUCGAAAAUAAUUCCAUUAUAUAGAUAUCGAUACCAUGUCUGAGUAAAUUCCUUAUCUCAGCAGAACAUCCGAUCACUAAAAACAACGUAAAAUAAAAACUCGCUCAUACCCAUUUGAACAGCACUAAUCUCAUUACACUAGCAAAAUAUCGAAAAUUUUCAUUCCAUUACCGUUGUGUAUCAUACUGUUAAAAUCUUUCCCUCAUUGCAAAUAAAAAUCACUCAAAAUGUCAAAAAGCGUCGAUCUUUCACUCGGUUCAAAACCAUCUCUCGUAAAGCUCCAUUAGCACUACAAAAAAUAGAAGAAAAAAAAAAUAAAGAAACCAAAAUGAGAUGAAGGGAAGUGGAAGCGAAACUGCUUAGAACUGUAAGAUCAUCUUAACUAAUGAACAUAUAACUAAGAGAGAUAAAUGUAACAUACGGUUAUUACCCCUAAACAUGGUCACUACAAAUUAAAUGAAUCAACUAAACAAAGCAGACAAAGUGAGAUGUGUUAUCAGACGAUUGAAAAAUGAACCACGGAAACUGGUAAUGAAGAAAUAACACAAAACAUCGUCAAUGAUCGAGAUUGAGUCAAAGGGAGCGACAAAUAGUUUAACACACAUGGCGGAAACAACUAAUACUGUAAUUAUUGGAAUAAAAAUAAAAAUCCCGAA